UAAUCAGCCAUCUUGGACAUGUUGGAAUUUGAAAAAAUUAGUCAAUUCGGACUACAGAAACAAUUACUGCAGGAAAAAAGCUCAGAAAAGGCACCUAAACUGAAAUUGAAAAUAACAGAUCUAUAUCUACAGUCUACGCCGCAGAAUGAGUUGUACAUUUGGAUGCAUAAAAUGUUUAUUGUUUGUUGUGAACUUUAUAGUUUGGCUCGCUGGUGCUGGAUUACUUGGUAUUGGUGCCUGGGCUAGAGUAGACCAGGGGAAGUUUGAUAUCCUACUAGGGAGUGAAUUUUCUGUCUAUGCUGCUUACAUACUCAUUGGAGUUGGGAUAUUUCUGUUCAUUGUUGGGUUCACUGGCUGCUGUGGUGCCAUAAGGGAAAGCAAAUGUCUGCUUGGACUGUAUUUUACUCUGGUAUUCUUCACAUUGUCUGUUGAGGUUGCAGCCUGUGCAUUUGCCUACAUAUUUAGACACACAGCUCAAGAUAUUAUCAAGAAGAAGAUAGACAGUGCGAUGGUCAUCAAAUAUGGUUACCCAGAGUACCGUCUUGUCACUGUCGCCAUUGAUCAUCUUCAGACAAAGAUGAAGUGUUGUGGAAUUUCCAAUUACACUGAUUGGAUAGGAUCUGCUUACUAUACAGACCCAGCUAUGUCACUAAAACGAGGCAACACUACUGUUCCCCACUCUUGCUGCAAAAAGGGGGUCACAGCUGAGUGUAACCAAGGUUAUCCUGUAAUUGAUGACGUUAGUCUGAUCAAUGUUGAGGGAUGCUACACAACAUUUGUAAACUGGAUCAAGAACAAUCUACUGUUACUUGGAGGAGUUGCCUUAGGUGUAGCACUAGUUCAGAUCCUUGCAAUGAUAUUCUCGUGCUGCCUGUGUCGCAGAACCAAGGAUAAGGAGGAUUCUUAUGACGUUACUGAAGCUGAGAGAUUUUAAGGACAUAAUGUAUGUAGACCUCAGGUGACAUCAUAGAUGUUAUCAGGGCAGGUGGUGGUGACACAUCACUCACUUAAAAUGAUGUGCCAAAUUACAGUUUUUACAACUGUGCAAAGUCCAGGUAUUAUGAAGUCAUCAGAACUUGUGAAAAAUAAAGCCAGUGACAUGGUUAAGUUUAAGACUCGUGAAGAAGCAGAAAUUAUGAAAUAAUUGACAUUUUCUACAAGAGCUUGGGAUUUCCUGUGUAAUAUUAAAUAUUACUAUACACUACAGUGAAACCUGUGAAGUAGGACACCUCUAGAAGUGGAACACCUCUGUAAGUGGAACACUUUUCAGGGUCCCAAGACCAAUUACAUAGUGCUAAAUGAACCUCUACAAGUGGAACACCUUACAAGUGAACCACUUUUUGAGGUACCAA